AUGGCAUCAUCUAAGAAUGACCAACCAGAAAUUCGACUUGUCCUUCUCGGCAAAACUGGAAGUGGAAAGAGUGCCACUGGGAAUACUAUCAUAAAUAAAUCUGGGGAAUUUGAGACAAAUGUUGGUGGCAGUUCAGUAACCAGAGUAUGUCAUUCUUUCACUGCUGACAGAUUCGGUAGAAAUGUUCAUGUCGUGGACACACCUGGCAUAUUUGAUACCGAUUCUUCCAAUGAAAGCGUUAUGAAAGAAUUAGGCAAAUGUAUACUGCUCACUUCACCUGGGCCGCAUGCUUUCAUUCUUGUAAUAUCUGUCCGAAGCAGAUUUACAUCUGAAGAAAAGAAUGUUGUUGACCAGUUUGUCAGCAAAUUUGAAAAGGAAAUUUAUAAGUAUUUUAUUAUUCUUUUCACUGGGAAAGAUGAUCUAAUCAGAAGUAACAAAAGCGAAGAAAAAUACUUGAAAGAAGUUCCAAAAGACCUGCGAGAUAUCUUGAAAGGUUGUGAUAACAGGUGCAUAUUUUUCGAUAAUUUUGCAUCUGAGGAAGAGAAAAAACGACAAGUUAAAUGCUUGCUUGAUAUGAUAGAUAAAAAUGUAGCUGCAAACAAAGGUUCAUGCUAUAAGAAUAAAAAAUUCGAAGAGGGAGAAAAGCUGAUGACAAUGUUGAUGAGCGAUAUGAAAACAAAAAGUCCGAGCAAAGCCGUCAGAGAUUCAGAUCUUCGUUAUUCGAUAAGAAAAGGCGUGGAGAACGAAAAUCCGGAAAUAAUAAAAACUUUAAUAAAAUACGCUACAUCAAUCGGGGGAGCUGUUCUUUUGGGCAUGUUGAUGUUUUUAAAAAAGUAAAAGGAUUUACUCGACAAAAGAGAAACGAACAUUACCUAGAUGUUGAGGUGUGAACUAUAGCAGGUUAUUUUAGCA